CUCAACUUCAAAUUAACGAUACUAAUGAUUUAAUACAAAGUAAAAGAUCUGCUGCUAUCAAUAUCAAACUUAAUAAUAGUAAUAACAAUAAUAAUAAUAAUAAUAACAAUAUUAGUAAUAACGAUAAAGACGUUAUCAAAAGUAAUACUAAGAAAUAUGAUGAAUCAUCUAAAAGUGAAUCUCCUAAACGUUCAGCUAGAAGAUUAGUUAAUGAAAUUCAACAAGAACAAUUCAAUUUGGAUCUUGAAAUUGGAGUUUCUAUGGCUAAAUUAUUAAAAUCUUCAACUGCCACCACCGCUGUUUCAACUACUGAAUAUGGAUCGUCAUUUGAUAGUGUCACUUCAUCAAAUGUCUCACCUAUCUUCACGACCGCUGGUUUGGAUUCUUCUAAAGAUGGUGGUGAUGAUGGAAGUCUGCUGGUUCUGUCUUUAGGUUCCAACUCUCCAUCUUCAAACUCUCCUCCUAAUCAUAAAACUCUUUAUAAUAUGAGUGUUAAAGAAAAGGAAUUAGAUAGUAUUCCUGAAUUAUCAGUGGAAUCAACUCCAGAACCAAAAUCAAAGGAAAAGAGUAAAUCUUCUUCAUCAUCUUCAAGAAGAUCUUCUAAUCAUCAUAAAUCAAUCAAAAUAGUAAACUCUUCAAAUAGUUCAUUAUCAAGUUCUCCAAAUUCAAUCUAUGGAUUAUCCAAUUCAUCUAAAUCAACUCCAGUUGAUGUCGAUCAUGUCAUUAAUAAAUUAGUGGCGAUUGGAAUGAAAAAGAAAUCAACUUUAUCUAAAAGUAAAUUACCUGUUUCUAAUGAAGAAAUUAAAUAUAUUUUAACCAAAGCAAGAUCAAUCUUUAUGGAACAACCUUCAUUAUUAAGAUUAUCUCCACCUGUUAAAGUUGUCGGUGAUAUUCAUGGUCAAUUUUAUGAUUUGAUUCGUAUCUUUAAUAGUUGUGGAUACCCUCCUUAUUCAAAUUAUCUUUUCUUAGGUGAUUAUGUCGAUAGAGGGUAUAAAUCCUUAGAAACUAUUUUAUUACUUUUAUGUUAUAAAAUCAAAUACCCUGAGAAUUUCUUUAUGUUAAGAGGUAAUCAUGAAUCUGCGAACAUCACUAAGAUUUAUGGAUUUUAUGAUGAAUGUAAAAGAAGAUUAUCAUGUGCAAAAAUUUGGAAAGAUUUCAUUGAUGUAUUCAAUACUUUACCUAUUGCUGCUACCAUCAAUGAUAAAAUCUUUUGUAUCCAUGGUGGUUUAUCUCCUGAUUUAACUGAUUUGAAACAAAUUGAACAAAUUAAACGUCCAACUGAUAUCCCUGAUAAAGGUCUUUUGGCGGAUUUAUUAUGGUCCGAUCCUGAUCCAUCUAUAAAGAAUUUUUCCGCUAAUAACUGGCCUAAAAAUGAUAGAGGUGUCUCAUAUUGUUUCGGUCGUAAACAUGUCGAUUACUUUUUAUCCAAUUUUAAAAUGGAUUUGAUUGUAAGAGGUCAUAUGGUGGUUGAAGAUGGUUAUGAAUUUUUCAAUAAACGUAAAUUGGUUACAAUCUUUUCAGCUCCAAACUAUUGUGGUGAAUUCAACAAUUUUGGAGCAAUCAUGAAGGUUGAUAAAAGUUUAUACUGUUCUUUUGAAUUAUUAAAACCAAAUUAAACUAAUCCCAUUCGUCAUCAAUGUUGCUUUAAUCCUGUCAUAUUAUAUUAUUACAACUUUUGUUAUUAUUUUUUUUAUACUUAUUCCUAUUAUUUUUGUUUUGAUAUAGCAUACGGUCAUUUUUAUCUUUGUUUAACGAGAUGAAUGCCCUACUCCCCCCCUUUUCUCUUUUUACGUGUGUUUUUGGGUUUUGCUUUUAUAUCUUUUUUUAACCUUUCUAGAAUCUUUUUAUUAUAUUUGUAAUUCAUUUAACUUUUACUGAUUACAUUUA